AGGUGCGGCCAAACUAGAUUAGGAAGACGAGCGCUGUUGUUCCCUCAGACCUCAGUGUGUCUGGUCUGAAGCCAGCAGCCAGCCACUCAGCGGCUAUUGCUGAAAAGCGACGGAAGGAGCGACUUGUCCGCAAACUUUUGGGAUUGUUUGUUUUUAUGAGAGGAGAAAAGCAAGGGACACGAAAGUGAAACAGCUCAGGAAUGGAGAAGCACAAAGUGCUGGACCAGCUCCUGAUGGAGCUCCACUACUUCCUGCUCAUCCUGGACAAGGAGACCCUCAGUGGGAGUGCCACCAUCCAGAAGGGCUUGCUCUCUGAUCUCCUCCAGUCCUACAGAGCCUCCAGUGGUGCAGAUGAGGAGUAUAUCUACAUGAACAAAGUCGUUGUUACUGGGAAGGACAAAGGCAAAGAUGACAGAUCAAAUGCCCUGGUCAAUGGAAAAGCAGCUAAAUGUGUCCCUGUCCCACAGAAGAGCCUUCCCGACCUGCCGCCCCCUAGAGCAGGAAUGGUGGGUCGGGAGCCGUUCCCCUUACCUCCAGUCCCUGCUCCAGCCUGUAUAGACACUUCAGAGAGUUACUACGAGGAGGCUCAGCCCUAUGAGGAAGCUUUCAAUGAUGAUGGGGAUGCAGUUAGUAGUUCAUACGAGUCCUACGAUGAAGAGGAAGUGAUCACCAGAGAAAAGUCAUCGUCCCCGUCAGCACAGCACCAGUGGCCGUCAGCAGAGGCGUCCAUUGAGCUCAUGAAGGACGCUCAGAUCUGUGCCUUCCUGUGGAGGAAGAAGUGGCUGAGCCAGUGGGCCAAACAGCUGUGUGUCAUCAAAGACCAGCGCCUGCUGUGCUAUAAGAGCUCCAAGGACCAGACACCUCUGCUGGAUGUGAGUCUACUGGGAUGCAGCGUGGUCUACAAGGAGAAGCAGCUGAAGAGGAAAGAGCACAGACUUAAGAUUGUUCCAGUGGCGGGUGAGGCCAUCGUGCUGGGCCUACAGAGCAAGGAGCAGACUGAGCAGUGGCUGAAGGUGAUUGAAGAGAUCAGUCCCAAGCCGACCGAAAACUGUGACUCCCAGCAAUCUGUGUCUGACUCCCCAAGGCUAAUUUGUUCAAGGGGAGAACUGAGUGAGAGAUACUCAGUGGCUUCAGAGAGCGGCAGCAGCACCGACAGCCAUGCUGAGACUCCCGAAAACAAAGAUGUGAAAAAAAAAUAUGGUGCAGGUUUGAAGUUUAGCAACCUCAUGAACAUUGGCAAGAAGAAACCUUCCUCUUUGGAAAGCCAAGAGAAAUGUGUGGACACCUCAGGCUGCCUCAACGUGUUGGUGAACAGCCAAUGGCGGACCUGCUGGUGUCUUAUAAAGAACGGGCAGCUAUGGUUUUACCAGGACAAGGGCAAGAACAAAGUGAGCCAGCCAGCUGUGACCCUGUGGGGCUGCAGUGUUUUGCCCGACCCCAGCCCCGAGCACCUGUAUUCCUUUAGGAUCGACAUGGACGGCACGCAGGUGGCAACCCUAGAGGCUAAGACAUCUGCAGACAUGGGCCACUGGCUGGGUCUCUUGCUUUCACAGACGGGGAGCAAGACAGACCCCGAGGAGCUGACAUACGACUAUGUCAACAGUGAAAAGAUCUCCAGCAUUGUCAAUGCUGCCAAAACGUCCUUAUACUUGAUGCAGAGGAGGUAUUCAGAGCCAAACACCUACAUAGACACCCUACCGGCCAUCGCUCACAACUCUGAUGAACUGUAUGAUGAUGUGGCGUCUCUAGCUGAUCCAGAGGAUGCAGAAGAGAGCAACCUGCCAAACAGUGAGGACAACAAUGCUCAGGAGCAUAAUGAAGCAUGCACACAGGACAUUAAGGAGUCAGUGGGAGCAGAACAGGACAUGGAAAACAGAAUUUACCUGGACCUAGUCCCUCUGCGCUCCUUCCUCCAUACAUCCGGUGGGGGUAAAGCCCCGCCUGCCAAAGAAGCUUCUAGACAUUCCCCAGUCCCAGUAGAAGACCAGAAGGAUCCCUCACCUCAAAUGAAAGAGCCAACACCUGUGUUUCAUGAAACAAGUUCCACCUCUGUUAACAAACCAGAACAAGAGCAACCCCCAACUUCCACUCCACCGCAGCCACAACCAGUCAAGACAUCAUCCCAAAGCCAGGAUACCCUCAAGAGGACCAGUCUGGGAAUCCCACAGGUCUUCAGCUCCUCCGGGGUACAAAUCCAUAAAGGCCCAACAAUUUCUGCCGAGCUUCCUCACAGUCCUCAGCCCUUGCGGCCCAAGGCACAUACCAUAGGGUGUCCCGGUGCAGUCGAAGGGAAACUGGGCAAGAAACGCACAGAGGCAGACAUGCGGCGUUACAUCGAUGAGCGUGACCGACUGGAGAGAGAGAGGGAGGAGAUGAGGAGCAUUCUGGCAAACCUGAAGAAGGAGAGGAGGGAGACCAAAGAGGAGCUUAGUGCCUGCCAAGAUCCCAAGCAGCAGGCCUCAUUAGAAGGCCGUUUGAAACAGAACGAGGAGGCUUGUCGGGAGGCAGAGCAACGCAGGGUAGAGGUGGAGCUUCAACUGAUGGAAGUGAAGGAAAGUCUGAAGAAGGUGGAGUCAGGAUCUUUCACACUGGGGACCACACUGGACAGCAGCCUCCAGGACACAUCAAUGCUUAAAGCAGUAACCUUGCCUGCUCCCCAGACAUCAUCAUCCCAACCCUACAACAGUAACGCCAAUGCAGACCCAGCCUCCCCAGUCAACUCUGCCUCUGUGCUGAAGAACAGACCCGCUUCCAUCAUGGCCACCAAAGGAAAAGUCUUGCAGAAAGCUAAGGAGUGGGAGAAAAAACACCACCUAAAGGGGAACCUCAAUGCCCUUUCACUUCUCAAAUGCACAAGUUUCUCUUUGUCUGGGCUGCUGGAUAUUCACAUCAACACCCUUCAUCCUCCUCACUUUCCUUGCACAGACUAUAAAGAGCCAAUCAGAGCGAUGCACACGCUGUCUUCUCAGACACCACUGGAUCAGCUUAAUUAUGACUUUUCAAACAGUUUUUCUUCAUUUGCGAAAGGAAAGACGUUGAUGUCGUAGCAUUUUGGCCAGUCUGACACUUGUUCUUGAUGAUGGAACACAGCCAAACAUUUAAAACCACUGAGACACAAAAAGACACCCCCUGUACUAAAUUGGUCAUUUUGUACACUAUAUGUAGCUUGGUUAAUAUAUGCUGGUAGCCAAGAUGUAAAUAUAUUUACGCCUUUAUUCAGCCUCAUUUGGCUUGUAUUGCUAGCUAAAAAUGCACUUUUAUUCAAAUAAAAAUGUACUGACAAUAAUA